AUGGUUGAGUGGGUACUACUGGUGAUGGAGAGAAUGUAUGGUAGUGGUAGUGGUGGCGGUGGAAGUGGUGGAGGAGGUGGUUGUUAUCCAUAUGAGAGUGGAUGUGGUGGGGUGGUGAUGACAAGAGACCCAAAGCCAAGGCUGAGGUGGACUGCUGAUCUUCAUGAUCGCUUUGUUGAUGCUGUCACUAAGCUUGGUGGACCGAACAAAGCAACUCCCAAGUCAGUGCUGAGGGUGAUGGGCUUGAAGGGCUUGACAUUGUAUCAUCUAAAGAGCCACUUACAGAAAUACAGACUUGGACAGCAGGCCAAGAAACAGGACACACUAGAACUAAACAGAGAGAACAGUGGAAAUUCCUAUGGAAAUUACACUAUGCAUUGCUCAGGCACCAGUAGCAAUUCAUCAGGAGUGAACAGUGAGCCAGGAUCAAUCCAAAUUACGGAGGCACCGAGUCAGAUUGAAGUACAGAAAAGAUUACAGGAACAGCUAGAGGUACAAAAGAAAUUGCAGAUGAGAAUAGAAGCCCAAGGGAAGUAUUUGCAAACAAUACUAGAGAAAGCUCAAAAGAACCUCUCAUUAGAUAUGAAUUGCCCCAGCAGUCUGGAAGCAACAAAAGCUCAACUCACCAACUUCAACUUGGCUAUAUCAAAUCUCAUGGACAAUAUGAAUGGAGAAGAGAGGCAUGAAAACAUUAUGGAGAAGACUGUAUUUAACAAUAUUGAUUGGAAGGCAGGUGGGUCAGUUCUAUUGGGAGACGAAGAACGAAAAAAAGAUGUCAAGGUUGAGGUUGAAGGAGGUUCCAUAAAUUUUGAUUUGAAUACAGGAGGUAGGUACGACUUUUUUGGCACCAAUGGAGUUGUACUGGAAGCCAAGCAACUUCCAUAUAGGAGGUAG